CAUGCGGAGUGUCAUGGCGGCUUGUAGGUGCUGCUGCUCGUGUCUCCGGCUCCGGCCGCUGGGCGAUGGUCCCCUUUGUCUUCCAGGGCGGGUUCGGGCCCUCACUCAGUUGCAGGUGCGAGCGCUAUGGAGUGACGGGGGGUCCCGAGUUGUGGCCUUGGACUUAGGCAGCAGAAAAUUAGAAAUAUCCUCUGGAAAACUGGCCAGAUUUGCAGAUGGCUCUGCUGUAGUCCAGUCAGGUGACACUGCAGUGAUGGUCACAGCAGUCAGUAAAACAAAACCUUCACCCUCCCAGUUCAUGCCUUUGGUGGUUGACUAUAGACAGAAAGCUGCUGCUGCUGGUAGAAUUCCUACAAACUACCUUAGAAGAGAGAUUGGAUCGUCUGAUAAAGAAAUUCUUACAAGUCGAAUAAUAGAUCGAGCAAUUAGACCUCUCUUCCCAGCUGGCUACUUUUAUGAUACACAGGUCCUUUGUAAUCUGUUAGCAGUAGAUGGUAUUAAUGAACCUGAUGUCCUAGCAAUUAAUGGCGCUUCUGUAGCCCUCUCAUUAUCAGAUAUUCCUUGGAAUGGACCUGUUGGAGCUGUACGAAUAGGAAUGAUUGAUGGAGAAUGUGUUGUUAACCCAACACGAAAAGAAAUGUCUUCUAGUACUUUAAAUUUAGUGGUUGCUGGGGCACCUAAAAGUCAGAUUGUCAUGUUGGAAGCAUCUGCAGAGAAUGUUUUACAGCAGGACUUUUGCCAUGCUAUUAAAGUGGGAGUGAAAUAUACCCAACAAAUAAUUCAUGGUAUACAGCAGUUGGUAAGAGAAAUUGGUGUUACCAAGAGGACACCUCAGAAAUUAUUUACUCCAUCGCCAGAGAUUGUGAAACACACUCAUAAACUUGCCAUGGAAAGACUCUAUGCAGUUUUUACAGACUAUGAACAUGAUAAAAUUUCCAGAGAUGAAGCUGUUAACAAGAUAAGAUUAGAUACCGAAGAGCAGCUAAAAGAAAAAUUUCCAGAUGUCGAUCCAUAUGAAAUAAUAGAAUCCUUCAAUGUUGUUGCAAAGGAGGUUUUUAGAAGUAUUAUUUUGAAUGAAUACAAAAGGUGCGAUGGUCGAGAUUUGACUUCACUUAGGAAUAUAAGUUGUGAAGUAGAUAUGUUUAAAACUCUUCAUGGAUCAGCAUUGUUUCAAAGGGGACAAACACAGGUGCUUUGUACCGUUACAUUUGAUUCAUUAGAAUCCAAUAUUAAGUCUGAUCGAAUUAUAACAGCUAUAAAUGGCAUAAAAGAUAAAAAUUUCAUGCUGCACUACGAGUUUCCUCCUUAUGCAACUAAUGAAAUUGGCAAAGUAACUGGUGUAAAUAGAAGAGAACUUGGGCACGGUGCUCUCGCUGAGAAAGCUCUGUAUCCUGUUAUUCCCAGAGAUUUUCCUUUCACCAUAAGAGUCACAUCUGAAGUCCUAGAAUCAAAUGGCUCAUCUUCUAUGGCGUCUGCAUGUGGUGGAAGUUUAGCAUUAAUGGAUGCAGGGGUUCCAAUUUCAUCUGCAGUUGCAGGUGUAGCAAUAGGACUGAUCACCAAGAACAAUCCUGAGAAGGGUGAGAUAGAAGAUUAUCGUUUGCUGACAGAUAUUCUGGGAAUUGAAGAUUACAAUGGCGACAUGGAUUUCAAAAUGGCUGGCACUGUUAAGGGAAUAACCUCAUUACAGGCUGAUAUUAAAUUACCUGGAAUACCAAUAAAAAUUGUAAUGGAGGCCAUUCAACAAGCCUCAGUGGCAAAGAAGGAGAUACUACAGAUUAUGAACAAAACUAUUUCAAAACCUCGAGCAUCUAGAAAAGAAAAUGGACCUGUUGUAGAAACUGUUCAGGUUCCGUUAUCAAAACGAUCAAAAUUUGUUGGACCAGGUGGAUAUCAUUUAAAAAAACUUCAGGCUGAAACAGGAGUAACUAUUAGUCAGGUAGAUGAAGAAACAUUUUCUAUAUUUGCACCAACACCCAGUGCUAUGCAUGAAGCAAGAGACUUCAUUACUGAAAUCUGCAAAGAUGAUCAGGAGCAGCAAUUAGAAUUUGGAGCAGUGUAUACCGCUACAAUAACUGAAAUCAGAGACUCUGGAGUAAUGGUAAAACUAUAUCCGAAUAUGACUGCAGUGCUACUUCAUAACACACAACUUGAUCAACGAAAGAUUAGACAUCCCACUGCCCUAGGGUUAGAAGUUGGCCAAGAAAUUCAGGUGAAAUACUUUGGACGUGAUCCAGCUGAUGGGAGAAUGAGGCUUUCUCGUAAAGUGCUUCAGUCUCCAGCUACAACUGUUGUCAAAAGUCUAAAUGACAGAAGCAGUAUUGUAAUGGGAGAACCUGUGUCACAGUCAUCAUCUAAUUCUUCCCCAUGAUUUUUUUUAAUGAAAAUUCUAGGUUGAUACUCUGUAGAGCAAAAGUUCAGUAGUAUCUUCCUAAUGUAUAGAUUUUUACAUAAUAUAAAAAGAUUCUAAUAUUUGUAUUACAAUGCUCAUUUACAUGUGCCAUUUUUUAAUUUCAAGAGUAACCUAUAUUCUCUUAUCCUUAUUUACACUAUAACCCAAUAAAUUAUUAUUAAAAGAAAUGCAUUUAUGCAUCUUAGGAAAGAAGACCCUUUAGUUCCCUACAAUUCUGAAAUAUCUGAAAAACUUAGAAAUAAUAGAUCACAUUAGCUACAAUAAUGGAUUUCUCCCUAUAUAAAUUUUUCUCUUUACAUACAGUGCUGACAGUUUUCCCUUGGUAUUCUUAUAGUUCACUUCUUUGCCAAACUGUUUCACAGACUGGAACUUCCCAUUUUCAUAGCUAGUAUCUAUUUCUUCAGAAACAGUUACUAGAUGUAGUAAGGAGUUGAGGGAAAAACACAGUUUGACCUGUUUUAAUGAUAUGAUGCCUUUCAAAUUGGUCACAAAACCAUUAACAUAAUUGAGUAAAUACAACAAUGGGAUCCCAACUAGAAUGAGGUAGUAUAUUUUUCAAAUUUGCAUAAACAUAUUGAGAAAUCAUGUACUCAUCAGAUAGGAACUGGAUAAUUUUUUGUGUAUAUGUUGCUAAUGUAUGGAUGUCCUAGGUAUAAGGAAUGGAAAGGAUUAGGGAGAGAAGAAUCAUGAUUUUCAGUUAAUAAAUAGGUGUUUGAAACAGUCAUGUACAGAAGUUGUUGAUUUAAUUGUUAUGAUUAAUCAUGAUGUUCCUUCUCAUCAAUUAAAAUGUAACAUUAAUUCCAGAAACAA